AUGAUUGAAUUGCAAAUUGGUCAGCCUCGCGUGAUAGUUGGUAAACUAGCUAAAGCAAAUUUUCAAAAUUUGAACGCCCAACUACUGAGGCAGCAAUUGUGGCUAAUGGAUGAAGUUGAACUCAAUGUUACCUUACCAAAGUACAAGUUUGAUUUUAAAACAAAACUUGUUGAUACUUUAAAAGAGAUGGGCCUGCAGUCAGUGUUCAGUCCAACUACGUCCUCACUGCCUGGUAUUGCAAGAGGGCUAUCGCCACAGGAUACAUUAUCAAUAUCUGGAAUAAUCCAAAAGGCUGGCAUUGAAAUUAACGGGAAAGGAAGUACAGUAUAUGCUGCUACAGAAAUUGUCCUGACCAAUAAAUUUGGCAACGAUCGCGAGGUAUUCUUCUCGGCAACAAGACCUUUUAUGUUUUUUAUUCAAGACAAGACAAGUGGAACAAUUCUAUUCAUAGGAGAAGUUUUAAAACUUCAAUUGAACCCAUUAGAAACAAGUAAUGAAUAA